AAAUUAGCUCGAGCCAGUAGAUGGUGCGGACGCGCAAGGUAGCGGCGGUGAUACCCGGUCCGUCCGUGCAGCUCCUGGAAGCGCUCACUGCACGGCGCCACCGCGUGCGGCACGAUGUGUGCCUCUUCUUUGUGAGUCUCUUUGUCUCGAUCAACAUUGUCAUCAUGCCGUUCGAGGCGUAUUUGUCCGAGCCGGUGCCGUGGAGUGCACCGCCGAUCGACAAGCCCGAUGCAACGACCUUUGCUGCCUUCAACACGACGACACUCGCGCGCAACCAAGCCUUGUACAACCGCGGGACGCUUCCGCGCGGCGACACCUACUAUGCCGACGCCAGUGAGCACAGCUAUGUGCUUCGCCACGUGCUCGAGGUGUCAAUGCCAAGGACGUGUGCGUCACUGGUCUUGGGGCUACCCGGUGCCGUAUUUUACGGCUCGGCCAUGCACGCGCUCCUCUGCGACGUCGCGACGCUCAGGAAUCAGACGGCGCUCCGUUGGCACAACCGGGGCACCUGCCUUGUCGUGACGUUUCUCUGGCUGCCGAUCGCCCACGAGUGUCUUUGGCUCACGGCCGGGAACGAUCUCGUGGCCACCAACUCGUCCGUCGAAGUGACAUUGUACUUUGCUCUCACGCAGUACCCGUACCCGGCGCUGCUCUGGACCAAGUUUGUGUGCCGCACGAUCUCGACGUACAUUGUCGUGUACGUCCUCUGGGAUCGGUACUACAAACACUAUUUUGCGCUCGCCCGGUUGAUGGGCGAGCACGGCCACCGCGCCGGCUUGGACAACGGGUACGUGUGGCACUACCACCUCGUUGUCGGGGACCCGACUUCGAUCCUUGUCACGAGUCCGCUGGUUGUCGGCGUGUUCUUUUUGGACAUUUGGCUGAGCCCGCACGUGAUUGCAACCGCUGUCCUACGGCUCUUGCAGACCCAAGACGUCUCAACCAUGCUGCGCGCCGCUUUGUAUCUCUUUCGCAUGGUUUGGAUCGCGUACGGUGCCAUGUGUGCAACCUCUGUGUGUCUGAAGCGGUCACGGCGCCACUGCCUCUUUGCCGAGGUUGACCCGACCGUGCUCGUGCUCACCAUGACGUUCUAUGGCCCGCUCUUGUGGCUUCUCGCUGGCAACGUCUGGGUUUGCCUGCGACUGUGCCAAUGGCUCCUCACGUGCUUACUGCCGGAGGACGCCAAAGCGACGCGCGUCGAGAUCAUUCUCGUGGGUACUGUCUACAUUGCACUUGUGGCGCUGCUGCCAUUGACGUACGGCUUUCUCGUUGGCUAUAUCCGGAAACCGCGGGUGCCGUCGAUCGCGUACCAUAGCUAUCGGUACAAUUCGCUCAAAACCCGGGCGUUCAUCACGCCGGUCCACCCGCUUCGACUCGGCGAACACCUCGGUGUUUCGUUUGGCGGCUCGAUCUACUCGGUGUUUGAAAUGCGCAUGCAGUACAAGAAGACGCCGACGAUGAAUGCGCGCGGGUCCGACUGCUUCCUCUUGUGCUACCGCAACAGCGACCUGGUCGCCAAGAUGCGACUCAGCCUUCUCGGCAGCCUCGACUGCAGUGGCGGCGGGAGAAGCCCGCCCAUAAUUGAUGCCGACGAGCCGUGCGAGUUUCAUGUAAAUGCCCUCAACUACUCGGGCCGCCAGCGAAAGCUGUCGCUUCUUGCGGGCCGCGGCAGCAUCGACACACGCAUCACGAUCUCCCGGUCGACGCACCCGACCGAGUGGUGUAUGUAAUGACUUUACCGCUUGCUCAAGAUCGCAAAUUCUUACACUCUUUGUCGAGAUCACAUAAUAAAGAUGCGUCUCUGUCA